AUGAAAUCUGAAAUUGGAAGAAGGAUAAGAUCAUCAGGAUGGAAGGCGUUCUGGCCAGCAACAUUACAAACGUUUGAUAGCCUGCCGAAUCCAGGUAAUCCAGGUAAUUAG